UUUAUCUCUAUAAAUUAAAAUUAUAUUUUGGAUUUUGAAAUAUAGAGAAAUUAAAAAAUGGCUCCAGAUCUAUCAAUGAUUCUUCCUAGGGUUCUAAUUGUUUCUAGAAGAACUGUUCGUAAGAACAAAUUUGUUGAUUUCGUUGGUGAAUAUCACUUAGAUCUUAUCGUGAGUUAUGGCGCCGUGCCUGUUAUAGCUCCGCGGGUAAGUGGUGUACACAUGUUACUAGAAAGUUUUCAACCAAUUCAUGGAGUUCUUUUAUGUGAAGGUGAAGACAUUGAUCCAUCACUUUAUGAUAGUGAUGAAUUGUCACAAGAAGAAGUUGAAGAAAUAAAAAAAUUACAUUCAAGUGAUACAACAAUUGAUAGAGAAAAAGAUUCAAUUGAAUUAGCACUUGCAAAACUAUGUCUUGAGAGAAAUAUACCUUAUUUGGGAAUUUGUAGAGGUUCACAAGUCCUUAAUGUUGCUUGUGGUGGCACCCUUUAUCAAGAUUUGGAGAAAGAAUUGUCUAAGCGUUAUCAAAUGUUAUCUCGUUCAGACACUCCAGAGAUGUCGUCGUUGAUGUUGCACCCUUGUCUUAUUGGAGAAUCAGACAUGAACCCGUCGGGGUUAUUGGAGUGUUUAAACACCAUAGAGAAAGAAUUGUCUAAAGAUUCAAACUCUUCAGAAAUGUCAACAAUAUUGAAGUCAUGUCCGAGUGAUACAGAGAAAGAAUCGUCUGAAAAUUACAAAGACCUAUUCUGUUCAGACUCUUCAGAAAUGUCAGACAUGCAACCAUCGACAAUAUUGAAGUCAUGUCCGAGUGACAUAGAGAGAGAAUUGCCCAACAACUGCUCUUUAGAAAUGUUGUCACGUUCGUCAUCGUUGAAGAGUGAAAGUCAGAGUCAGAGUCGGAGCGAUAUAGGCAAAAAGUAUGAAAAAGUUGUACAUAUGAACUAUGAAAACUAUGAUGGACAUAGACAUGUGGUGAAAAUAGUUGAAAAUACACCAUUACACAAAUGGUUUAAAGAGUCAUUAGAAGAUAAUAAUGAUGAUGAAAAAAUGGAGAUUUGGGUUAAUAGUUAUCAUCAUCAAGGAGUAAAGAGAUUAGCACAAAGAUUUGUGCCAAUGGCAUUUGCUAAUGAUGGAUUAAUCGAAGGUUUUUAUGAUCCAGAUGCAUAUAAUCCUGAAGAAGGUAAAUUUAUUAUGGGAUUACAAUUUCAUCCUGAACGUAUGCGUGGACAAGAUAAUGGUGAUUUUGAUUAUCCAGGUUGUGCUAUGGCUUACCAGGAAUUUGUUAAAGCAGUAAUUGCAUAUGCAAAGAAGCUUAAUGGACCUAGAAAUAUACCAAGUAGAGGUAUAAAAUUCAACCAUGAAUUAGAGAGCAAAAGAAGAAGCAUUGUUAAAAGUUUUUCAAUUGCAAAAAAUAUGUAUAGCUCUGGACUUGGCAGAAUUUCAGAAAAAGAAUCUGAACUUGCACCUGGAGCUGAGUUUCUUGAGGCAAACACAGCAUUGAGUGUACAACAAGAGAAUAGGUUGAAGCAAAUGGGAGCAACAGUGAGGAAUGCAUCAACAUACAUGAACAGAUUGAAGAUGAAUGAAGAAAGAGAAAAAAUGGCUAGAGCUAUUCUUGCAAAAAUGUCAAUUGAACAGCUAUCAGAUAUGGUUAGUUUUUAUCAUAAAAUGGGACAACUUUGUUCUGAGGCUUUAGAUAAAAAGUUCAAUGACAUGAAAUAGCUCGGUACACUAAGCUCACGUUAAACGUGAGGUUGAGGGAAAGAUCGAACCAGAAGGGUCUAUCGAACUAUAAAUAUCUUUUUUCAUUGUAAAAUUGUGUUUUUUGUUCUAUAAAAUCUCUCCAAGUGUUAAUGAUAUCGAAUCAAGUUUUUUGUUUCUUUUUUUUUGGUUGAUAAUCAAGUGUUUAUGAAUUAAUUGAUCGUUACUUGCACAUGGAUUUUUCAUCUAACAAGUACAACUACGCCUCGAUCUCAAGAAAAUUAGGAUAGAGAGAUAUUCAAAGUCUCGAACGUGUAAAUUGAAAAAAAAAUACAUAACAAAUUGACAAAUUUUGCCACAAAAACCUCACGCCUAUGUUGCUCAGACUAUUCAAAAAUUGCCAUCAAAUGCAUGUCAAUCCGUAGCAAAUGUAGUACAUUUUUGGAGGAUCUAACACGAGAACGACAACAUUAAGCCUCACAACAAUAAGAAGGCUGUCACUAUAUUUCAAUCUGGACAACUAAUCCUCUAAAUAUAACAACGUAUACGGUGCAAUCUCAUGAGGAUAGAUUGUACGCAGACCUUUACCCCUACGUUAGUAGGGUAGAGAGAUUGUUUCCGAUAGAUUGAUAUAGGAGAAAAGGCGCGACGAAUUGUCAGCCAGCACCAAGAAGACACACCAAUAAGUCAAUAACUCAGUUUUAGCACCAAAAACAGAUCAGAAAGAAAAAAAAAUAGAAAAUACUGAACUGCCCAGAAAAACAACAAAAGAAAAGGCAUGAGACAAAAACAUACCUAAAUAAGUCUAUUAUUACUAAAUAAAGUCAAAUAAAAAAGUAAUGUACAUGACAUGGGGAAGCUACAUUUCACCACCAUAUAUAGUAGCUCUAUCAAAAUAUUGCUAGUAUAAAUUAACACACCAACAAAUUCAAGGCAGUAAAAACAGCCAGCUCUCUCUACUAUGAAAGCAGAAAAUGAGGAGCAUUAUGGUGCUAUCUUAAUACUAUACUUUUAGUUUUUUCUUUCAGUCGUUCGAUCACCUGCAUAAGCAUUGUUACUCAUCAGCUCAUCUGUUUUACAGAUCUUUUAUUUGUAACUUCCCUCGAACUUCUGUUACUUCGUUACUAACUUCCACUCC